CUUCACAGAAAUCGGGUGUCCUGAACAAUCCCUUCCCGGAAAAAAAACUGGACGAAUAAAUCCCCACUGGCCGCCGGCGGCGGCGGCGGCGCGAUUGCGAGAGGACCGGUUGAUUCCUCGAUCGGGUGGGUUCCAGGCGGGGGCCAUCCGGGAAAGAAGACGAGUGCGGGUCCAACAAGAAAAGGAGGAUGGCGGCUUAUCCGACCAUACGAGACGAUCCCUUGGCGGAGAAGAAGAGGAAGGUGGGUGUGUGGAGCGAAGAGGAAGAUGACUACUUGGCGGCCAGACGCGACGAAGAAUCAGCUCCCCGCCCUGUGAAAAUCCCCACGCUCGAUCGCUUCAAGCCCCCGACCCGGUUUCACAUUGCCGAGCUCUUCUCCGUCCGUGAAUCCGGAAGCCAGGCCGUGCUCUCCGCUGCCAAAUUCCUUCUAGGGGUUUCAUCCUCCCUUGUUGGUGAACCGCUGAGACGCUGCUCCGGCUUCUGGGUCGGUUGGGAUGCGGAGAAGAAAACCGGCCUUGUUUUGACAACUGCGCGGCUGAUUCGCACAAAGGACGCUCCUUACAGCGUCUGGACAGGCGGCCAAGAGUAUGCCCCUAAUGCUGAUGUCACUGUUCAUUUGCUAAAUGGCACUAGUGCAAAGGGCGAGCUUGUCUACUAUCAGCCCCAUUACGAUAUCGCUUUCUUGAAUGUUGAGGUGGAUCAACCAAUCAAGUUACCAUCUCUUCGUGAAAAAGAUGUAGAAUUUGCUCAAGAGGUUUUUCAGCUAGGAAGAGACAAUUCCUUAAAUCUAAGGAUAGCAUAUGCUAGGGCAGAAUAUCUGAAUCCAAACUUGUUUGAGCGGCACCACAACGUGUACUUUUGUUCUCCAGAUGGCCAUGACGAUGAUAAUAAUGAGUAUGACAAUGGGGGGCUAGUUAUUGACUUGAAUGGAAAAGUUGUUGGAAUGGUCAACGACCCUGAGAGAUUUGGGUCUUUUAUACCUUCUUCCAUUUUGCUCAAUUGUUUGGAUUCAUGGAAGAAAUAUCGGUACAUUGGUCGGCCUCAUCUUGGGAUGAGGUUUGAGGCCAUCAAGCUUCUAGAGCCUUCUCAUGUUGACAUGUUAUGUCGUAUGUAUAACAUUGAUGACGGUCUUGUUGUUAGAGAGGUGUCGAAAGGAUCUAAUGCUGAGAUAUGUGGAAUUCAAAAAGGUGAUCUUAUUGAAUGUAUUAAGGGAAAAUGCAUUUCUACCACAAUUCAGUUGGAAAAUCUGUUGAUGAGCAUAUGCAAAGGCCCUUCAGAUAGUAAAAAUGGCCGUAAUACUGAAGUUCAUAUUUCUGUAAGUUCAGUUCUAUCUUAUAACGGUUGGGUUAUUUCAAACACUCAAAAAAUGCCGAAGGACCGUAGAGUUGACUGCAACUGUAUCAGACCUUGGAGAAGUUAUUGCAAGAGGUACGCGUCUCCUCUUUUAACUAGUCCCAUGAUCCCAUCUAGAAAUUAUCUAGAUUAUCAAUUCGAUUCUCAAGUAUGUAUAUUCCAGUUUUUGUAGAUAUAUUAUAUUUUAAUUCAAUGGUGUAAGCUUAUGUGCAUUGUGCAAUACACUCUCUUGUCAUCCAUGUGAUGCUUACAAUAUCAUACCAUGCUAUAAAUUAUGUUGAUAUUUUGGGAGUUUACAUGGCUUUGGUAAAUGGGCGUGUGCAGCAAGUAAAUUGUUGAGAACAGAGUUCAUCCAUUUUUUCUGUCACCAAAGCAUCCAUGCUCCAUGUUUCUUUGUUUUAGGUGCAGCUUUCUUCACUGUAGUUAUCUUGUCAUUUCCUUUGGCUGUGGGCUUCUUCAUAGGAGUCAUGUUGACAGAAGUUUUCUUCCUAGAGUUAGGAAGACAAUAUAAUAUAGUUAGUACAGGUUCUUCAAUCUAUUUGCACAUGUAAAUAUGUACAAAUCAGAUUAAUACCUCUUGUAGUUAGCUAUAGAUUCUUCAGUCCUCAUACCUUCUCUCCUGAAAUGAUUAUUGAACCAAAAACAUUACAGUGGGCAGUAAAAAUGUGACUAAAAGCAUGUGCAAUACUCACACCUUCUCCUUGGAGUUUGUUCUCGAGCUUCUACAGGUUCUUCAAUCACAUGUGCACAUUUCUUUCUGCAAUGAUUUAUAAGAUUAAACAUAGUACUCAGUACUAAGCAAUGAUGUGUAAAACAAAUUAACAUGAGAGGACAAAUUAGUUUGAAGUUGGUUCCUCAUCAACAUCAGAUAAGAUCAUAGGAAUUCUUGUUCGGGUUCCGGCUCCUUGCAUGUUUUUGUCGUAUGGCCCACUCCCUUACACGUUCUGCACCUAACCACCU